AUGGUGGUGCAAAAAUUUCCUGGCGCGAAUCUUAUUGGGCAGUUUCUAAAACAAAUCACGCAACCGUUGUCAAAGUUUAUAGUGAGGCAUGUGAAGAAGCGACCACUCCUACAAAAAUAUGUCCUGAUUCAAUUGGGACGUUUCUAUUAUUGGUGCGAAGGCAAGAUAGCACCGCAAAGAAUUCCAGCUAUAGCAAAAAGGAAGCGUGAUGACAUUCGCACGAUGGAGUUAGGGACGAAAUUAUUAAUCGAGAUAUUAGUCUUUGGGCUUUUGUGGAGUGUAAUCAUAUACGAGACACGUAAAGCUGUAGAGAGAUCGCGCAUCACCGAACAGCUAAGAAUUCAAGAAUUCAACGACUUAGAAGCAGAAAAGAAUCAGCUGAUGCGGCAAGUAGAGGAUCAAAUGAUCUUGACGAAACAGCUCAAAGAUAUCAUCGUGGAAUAUUCGAGACAAGUCGGGUGUACGUUACCGCGUGAUCCGGAAAAAGGCGAAUAA